UGAGGCUUAGUUUAUUCUGUAGUUGGAUCAUAUCAUCUCAGUUUCUGCUCCCAUCCCCGUGCUAGAUCUAGAUAACUCUAACCUGUAAUUUCCCACUCCCUCACCACAACCAAGUCACAGACAGAAAGCCAUGCCAACCUCAUCACUCACUGCCCUCCAUCGAGCCAGCAACCUCCAGAUAAUGAAUAUAAAAUCUCAUCCCUCAUCCGACUACGAUAGAACAUACCUUAAAUCCGAAAGCCCCGCAAUCCCCUCGCCAGUCCUCUUUGAUUCGCUCUCUACAGAUACCUUCCCCAAUUCAACUUCUUUACCUACCAUCAGUGAAUGCGCCGUGCAACUAGAGCUCCUACAAGUUUUCAAUGCCCUCAGGCUGCGCGUUCUAUCCUGUAAUGACCUCGACGAAACCUUCGGUAUCAAGCCGGAUAAGCGCACUGUAUAUCGCAGGCGAUGGUCUAGCGUCCAGAGGCGAUAUGUUAUUGAACCGCACCACCUGCGCGACCUGGGAUUUGCAAAACGGCGCCUGGAGAAAUGGCCGCAUUAUCUGGGUCUGGCGGUGACUCGUUUCAAGGUGUGGGUGACGAUAGCGGAGAAGUCGGUGCUGGAGUCGGACGGUGGGAUAUUGACAGCUUUGCCUCCUCUGGACGUGCUCAUGGUCUGGCAUGCCUUCCUGUUAAAUCCGCGUGAUUUCGACACCUAUUGCGAAAAGCAUCAGCUGGAUCUUCUACGCAACCUACCUUUUCCAUGGCGAUUGAUUCAUGAAUCUAUCGAUCCCCACGAUUGGACAUACCAGCUCCCCGAGGAGAACGUAGCCAAACUCCAGGCUGCUAACCUCGAGCCAGAUCUCCUGAGAACUCUUAUCCAAACGGCCAAAUCAAACACCCAAGCUAAUUUGCUCCUGUCGCGCUUCAGCUGUACGAAAGGCGGCAUUAUCGAAACAUUCAAGAUCAUCAGACAAUACAAUAAGAACAAACCGCCCCUUCCACGACCCCAAUCAUUCCUCGAGAACAUUCAUUCCAGUGUUAUCCAAUCUCAAACGCAAGAAAACAAGUCCCUGAUUGACCAAAUCCAGCGUCAGGUCUUAUUCGUCGAGAAGAUGGAUGCGCAUCUAUGGAUCCGGAGUCCAGCUGUGCGAGGCACGCUGCGACGUGCUAUCGAGCGCUAUGAGAAGUUCUUGCAGUUACUAAGGCUCUACCCAACUCAGAGUCUGGUACCGACACUGGAUGUAGAUCUGGUCUGGCAUACGCAUCAGUGCAGCGCGGGGCGGUAUCGAGAUGCAAUGCUGGAGAGGGUAGGGAGGUUGGUAAACCAUGAUGAUCGAGUGACACAGACUGUUGUGAAGGAGGGUCUGCAGUAUACCGGCGAGGUGUUUAGUAUGAGGUUCGGUCAGAGGUAUCAAGUUUGUUUGUGCUGGGAUUGCGAGGCAAUUGUAAAUGCGGUGGAGGGAAUGCAGGAGGAAGAAGGCGAGGAGGGCGAUGUUCAUGAAAUUACGAAGAAGGUUGCAGAGGAGCUGGUGUUCUAUCGGGAGGUGGAGGUGGCAAGAAGAAAGGGGAAGGAGCUACCUGUCCGUCGAUUAGCAUUUUGAUGGGGGUACUGCUUAUACUUGUUGCUUGGCUGCAUUUAGGGCUAAUUCGGUUAACGAGAAGAUAGUAUAUCAUAACCGGAUUGAGAAUCCUCGCGCUACACUGCCUCGCUACAUCGUUUUGGGGCAACUGAAAUACUUCACUAAUUACUUCCCACAAGUUUGAUGCUCACGAUGCCUUGUCUGUAUUCGGU